UCCUGCUCGCCCUCGAAUUGCUGAGCAUCCGGCGCCAAUCAUGUCAGUGAUAGGAGUUAGCAACUCGUAAUCAAACUAAGCAACACAUAAAAUAAAUAAAUAAAUCUUACGAGUUUAUUUUGUUGCUGGCAGGGAAGUCAGUGGUCUGUCAUUGGGUAAAGAGCUUGUUUGCGAAUGUUGAAGCUGAGUGAGGACCGCCGUGUAUAACUCGAGUGAGCAGGGGAGAAGUGCAGGCAGAAGAACCAGAAUAAGAUAACUUUUUAAACUGAGGUCUUCAGCAUCCGACAGUACACGAUGAGUGACAGCGACAGUCAGUUUCACAGCGUGCAGGUGGGAGAUUCAACAUUCACUGUGCUGAAACGCUACCAACAGCUGCGGGCAAUAGGGUCUGGAGCUCAGGGGAUAGUCUGUUCUGCACUUGAUACUGUACUUGGUUUGCCUGUUGCUGUCAAAAAGUUGAGUCGUCCUUUUCAGAAUCAAACCCAUGCAAAGAGGGCUUAUAGAGAACUUGUUCUUCUAAAAUGUGUCAACCAUAAAAAUAUUAUUAGAUUGCUAAAUGUUUUCACACCACAAAAGUCGCUUGAGGAAUUUCAGGAUUUGUAUUUAGUUAUGGAACUGAUGGAUGCCAGCUUGUGUCAGGUUAUCCAUAUGGAUUUAGAUCACGAGAGAAUGUCCUAUCUUCUUUAUCAGAUCUUGUGUGGUAUCAGACACCUCCAUUCAGCUGGCAUCAUACACAGAGAUUUGAAACCAAGUAACAUUGUAGUAAAAUCAGAUUGCACUUUGAAAAUCCUCGAUUUUGGCCUUGCAAGAACAGCAUGCACAAAUUUUAUGAUGACUCCCUAUGUAGUAACGAGAUAUUACAGAGCGCCAGAAGUCAUCCUAGGUAUGAAGUACAAGGAAAACGUUGAUAUCUGGUCAGUGGGUUGCAUCAUGGGUGAAAUGGUUAAAGGCUGUGUGAUAUUUCAAGGCACUGAUCAUAUUGAUCAGUGGAAUAAAGUGAUUGAGGUGCUAGGCACACCUUCAUUAGAGUUCAUGAACAGACUGAUGGAAACGGUCCGGAAUUACGUGAUGAACAAACCGCAGUAUCCAGGAGUUCACUUUGAAGAACUCUUCCCUGACUGGGCCUUCCCGUCUGACUCAGAGCACGAUAAAUUGAAAACAAGCCAAGCAAGAGAUCUGUUAUCCAAAAUGCUAGUAAUAGACCCGGAAAAGAGAGUUUCUGUGCAAGAAGCGUUAAGCCAUCCGUACAUACACGUCUGGUAUGAUCCUGCAGAAGCUGACGCUCCUCCUCCACAGAUUUCUGAUAAGCAGUUAGAAGAGAGAGAACACAGCAUAGAGCAAUGGAAAGAACUUAUCUACAAAGAAGUUAUGGACUGGGAGGAAAGAAACAAGAACGGGGUUGCAAAAGAAGAGACAUCAGAUGCAGCAGUGAACAGCAGUGCCACCGCUUCCCAGUCCUCUUCCAUCAAUGACAUCUCGUCCAUGUCGACAGAGCAGACACUGGCCUCAGACACUGACAGCAGCAGCAUUGACACCCUGACUGGGAACCUGGAGGAAUGCCAGUGACCCCCACCCCCCCCCCCCCCCCCCCCCCCCAGAGACAUUGCUUUACUCAGGGGUACAAAACAAAACUAAAGCUCUUGCUUCAGUGUUGGACCUAAAUGUUCACUUGUAGAAACUAAGCUGAACCAUAUUGUGUAUGUACUAUGUUUGCUGUGUAUGAAAAUGUAGUCGAACAGUUAUGCUUGUCAGUUUGGGGCUUGGCAAACUUGGCAAACUGCUUUUGCAGUUAAAGGUUUUUUUUAUUAUUAUUUACUUCAUUAUAAAUAUGAAAUGUGCUACCAAGCCAUCAAUUGAGAACUAUCUGUUGUUCUAUAAUUUUAAGUGAGAUAUGUCUCUGUGCAUGUUGUACAAAAGAGAUGCCUAUGCUUUACUUAAUUAGAUUACAGUUGCCUGCAGUUUCAUUGAGAUUGUAACAAUAUUACAGUACACACUCAGCACUUGACAUCAUGUUAAAACUGUGGGAGGGUGGAUGGGUUUAUCCUUUGCUGUUUUGGGAUGUAUUCUUUGACAGAUGCUUUUGAUGUGUUAAAUACACACAUAUACAAAUACAGACAUAACAUCUACAAAUCAAAUAAUUUCUUUGAAAACAAAAAAAAAAUUGACUAUUGCAGGGUUUUGAUUAUCACAAGUCAAUU